AUGUCUAAAAUAAGUUUCAAAAUUAACGGGAAAGAAUAUGAAGUGGACGGCAAGUUUGGGCCUGAUGUAUCAUUAAACGAAUUCAUAAGGAAUGUAGCCGAUCUCCGAGGCACAAAGGCUAUGUGCCAGGAGGGCGGAUGCGGCGUCUGUGUAGUCGCUGUACGAGCAGCGCACCCUCCUGACAACGAGAUGAGACUCUUCUCUGUCAACUCUUGUCUGGUAUCAGUAUUAUCAUGUCAUGGCUGGGAAAUAACCACAGUGGAGGGUGUCGGCAGUAGAACCAUGGGAUAUCAUGAAAUCCAAACAAGACUGGCCAGCUUCAACGGCACCCAGUGCGGCUACUGCACUCCGGGAUGGAUCAUGAAUAUGUAUUGUCUCUACGAAUCUAAGAAGAAUCCGACGUCACUAGAAAUAGAAAACUCAUUCGCAAGCAACAUUUGCCGAUGUACUGGAUACAGACCAAUAGCAGACGCCUUCAAAUCUCUCACCAUAGACGCAGAUACAAAACUAAUCGACAAACUUGUAGAUGUAGAAGAUUUAGGAAUUAUAAAAGCCUGCGGAGUGAAUUGCAUAGAACGUUGUCAUCAUAAAAAAGACAAUAUUGUUAAACUGAAUGACGCUGACAAAAAACCUGACGACGAUUGGUGUGUUAUUGAAAAAAAUAAUCAUAAGAUGAUUAAGAUUGAUUGCGGAAACCAUAAAUGGUUUAAAACAUACUCAUUAGAUGAUGUUUUUGAAGCUAUCAACGCGGGUGAUUAUAAAUUGAUAGCUGGAAAUACAGGACAAGGAGUAUAUCAUGUCACCGAGUACCCUCAAAACGUAAUAGAUAUAUUUGAUGUAUUCGAACUAAAAGGAUACGUGUUGGAUGUUAAUUUAAUCCUCGGGGCAGGAAUGCCUUUGACGGAAAUGAUGGAUCUUUUCCUUAUAUUGUGUUCGGAAAAUGAGGACUUCGCUUACCUAAAGCAACUUUACGAACACAUGGAUUUAGUUGCUCACAUACCUGUCAGGAAUAUCGGUACAAUUGGCGGGAACUUAUAUAUGAAAUAUGAUAAUAAUGAAUUUCAAUCUGAUUUAUUCUUACUUUUCGAAACUGUCGGAGCUAUGGUCACUAUUGCGGAAGGUCCAAAGAACACUACUACAAUAUCAUUGACAGACUUUUUGAAAAUAAACAUGAAAAAUAAAAUAAUUGUAAAUAUUAUUUUACCUCCAUUGUCAAGUUCUUGUAAUAUUAAAACAUACAAGAUAAUGCCCAGAUCCCAAAAUGCUCACGCCGUAGUCAACGCCGGAUUUUUAUUUAAAUUUAAGCAGAACUCGAACGUGAUAGAAAAAGCAGUACUAGUUUAUGGCAGUAUUUCACCCACAUUCGUUCAUGCUAUUAAAACUGAAGCAAUUCUUGUGGGGAAAGAUCCAUUUACCAACGAAACUCUGCAAUUAGCAGUAAAAAGUCUCUUUGAUGAAAUUAUUCCAGGAAAAGCUCCACCAGAACCAUCUGGUGCUUAUAGAAAAAUGUUGGCCAUAACAUUAUUCUACAAAGCAAUUUUAACCCUUUGCUCAGAUGAUAAAAUUGACCCCAGAAACCGUUCGGGUGGGGAUACUAUUAAAAGAGGCACAUCACAAGGAACCCAAAUUUUUGAUACGGACAAAUCAGUCUGGCCUUUAAACCAACCUGUGCCAAAAUUAGAAGCAUUGGUUCAAUGCAGUGGUGAGGCUACAUUUGCAAAUGAUCUGCCUAAAGAAAUUGAUGAAGUUUUUGCUGCUUUUGUUACUGCUGAUGCACCUCCUGGUAGUGUCGUUAAACAAUGUGAUCCUUCUGAGGCUCUUAAAAUACCAGGAGUUCUAGCAUUUUAUACAGCUAAAGACAUACCAGGGGAUAACUCAUUUACACCACUAAAUGUAGCGCUAAUAGAAAUGAAUGAGGAAAUAUUGUGUUCCAAAGAAUUAAAAUAUUACGGAGAUCCUGUUGGAAUAAUAGUUGCUGACAGAGAAAAAAUUGCACAUAAAGCUGCAAAACUUGUCAAAAUAGAAUAUACUUCUAUCAAUGAAAACAAGCAUCUAUUGACUAUUGACGAUGUGUUAAAAUCAAAAGACAAAGAUAAAAGAACGAAAACUGAUAGAAUAAUAGAACCAACUGACGUGGGAGGUGAUGUGAAAUGCAUUAUUUAUGGCGAAGUGUCGUUUGAAACACAGCACCAUUUCUACAUGGAGCCACAAACAUGUGUCGUUAAGAAAACCGAGGAUGGCUUAGAGGUUUAUUCUUCUACUCAAUGGCUGGAUAUUACGAACGUAGCUGUUGCCCAGUGUUUGAAAGUACCUGUAAAUAGUGUGAAUGUGAUCGUACGUCGAGUUGGAGGUGGAUACGGCGGGAAGAUAACUCGAUCAUCACAAAUUGCCUGCGCAGCGGCGCUCGUAACACAUUUAACUGGCAGAACUUGCAGAUUUAUACUGCCAAUGCAGACUAAUAUGAAAAUAAUUGGAAAAAGAGUGCCGACUUACUGCAAUUUUCAAGUGGCAGUAAACAAGGAUGGAGUGAUACAAUAUAUGAAAAACAAUUUCUAUCAAGAUAAUGGUUGCUCUUCUAACGAAACGAUAACUCCAAUUACCGCUAACCAUUUUAGAAGUUGUUAUUCUUCUAGCAGAUGGUAUGUAGAAGCCAAUAGCGUGAUUACCGAUACACCGUCCAAUACGUGGUGCAGAGCGCCUUCGUCUACUGAAGGUGUGGCUAUGAUAGAAUACAUCAUGGAAAAAAUCGCAUAUCACACAGGAAAAGAUCCAUUGCAAGUCAGAUUACUGAAUAUAGCCAAAGACAACAACCCUAUUCCAGAACUAAUAGAACAACUAAAAAAAGAUUCAAACUUCGACGAAAGAUUGGAGGACGUAAAGAAAUUUAACGAUGCUAAUAGAUGGAGAAAACGUGCUUUGAAACUUAUUCCAAUGACAUACGAACUAUUUUACAUUAGCCCGUAUAAUUCAUUAGUAUCUAUUUACCACGCCGAUGGAUCUGUAGUUAUAACACAUGGAUGCAUUGAAAUGGGACAGGGAAUAAAUACAAAGACGGCUCAAGUAUGCGCGUAUAUGUUGAAUAUUCCCUUGAACAAAAUCAGUGUAAAACCAAGCUCGAGUUUCACUUCACCAAAUUCAAUGGCGACUGGUGCCAGCAUUGGAAGCGAAUGUGUGGCAUAUGCUACAAUGCGGGCUUGUCAAACAAUACUGGAAAGACUAAAACCAAUAAAAGAAGCAAUGGAAAAUGCACCUUGGGAAGAUAUUGUUGAGAAAGCGUAUCAAACAGGAAUUGAUUUGCAGGCAUCUCAUAUGUAUUCUCAAAAUGAUGGAGUCAAACCUUAUGAUAUAUACGGAGCUGUUGCUCUAGAAGUUGAAGUAGAUAUUUUGACUGGUAACCAUGAUGUAAGAAGAGUGGAUCUUCUUGAAGAUACGGGACGCAGCUUAAAUCCCGAAAUCGAUGUAGCUCAAAUUGAAGGCGCAUUCGUCAUGGGUUUAGGUUACUGGACAUCGGAAAAGGUCAUCUACGAUAAAGAUACUGGAAAAAUUCUUACCGACCGUACAUGGAACUACAAGCCUCCUGGUAUCAAAGACAUUCCAGAAGACUUUAGAGUCUAUUUUCGACGCAAUUCCAAAAAUCCAUACGGUGUAUUACAAUCAAAAGCCACUGGCGAGCCAGCGUUUUGCCUAGCGGCAGUGAUAACCCAUGCAUUCAGAGAAACAGUGAGAGCUUCGCGGUUGGACGCAGGAUAUCAGGACCAAUGGAUUGAUAUUCCAAAUCCGUGUACUGUGGAAAACAUUUUUAUGGCGCUGGGGCACAAGUUGGAACAUUUUGUAUUGAAAUGAAAUGAAAACAUAAGAUGGAUUUAAACGGACCUUGAUAAAUGGAACAAGAACUGAAUUACGAAACCAUUUAAUAUGGAAUAGACAUUACCGAGUUACAUUAUCAGGCAUUCUUUAUUUUGCAUUUUUUUCUUUGAGAUGAUCCCACUGCACCUGAUGGUUUAAGUGAAGGUCGAAUAGAAUGUCCACUAACAAGAUAUGAUUACCCCUCCACCAUCGACACAAUUAUGCCGGCCUGUUUGAAUUGGAUAUAUAGAGGCUAAUGAACGCGAUAUCCAUACUUACGUAGGCCACUAUGGCGAGAUUUAACACCUUGUGUAUCGUGAAAAAAAUUGGAUAAAACUAUAACGUUUUUUAUUCUUUCCAAGACUUUCAAAGAAUCAAAUGUGGGUAAUGUUGUUAUAUAUGCUUUUAGCCAAAAUGAUGGUCCAUCUAGCUUUUUUACUUUGUUAGCUAGAGACUAAUGCUACUCUGAUAAUCUAGCCUUCAGUUUAUCAGAUAACAACUUUCUUAUGUUUGAAUUUAUUUUGAUUUUGUCGUAUCGCUUACCAUCGGGCAAACACACACAUGUCAUUUAAAACAAUAAAAAAAAAACAUAUUUGUGUCGACUGUCGAAGGGUAAUUAUGUAUCAUCAGUCAACAUUCUAUUGGACACUUACGAUCAGAUCCAGUGGGAAUACUUUGAUGCGCUCGAAUAUAAAAAAAGUAUAGGAAUGACAUUUACUUACUAGCCGUCAGAUUAGCCGGAUAUGUCUUUCCUAUAAUUUUUUUAAAUUUCUAUUAUCGUUAACCACGUAGAUAUAUCUUGGCUAUGACCUCUAUGUUCACAAUCCACACGUCGCGUCGUUUUAAAUAAAUCACUCUACGUAUUUACUUAAUUCAGUAAACUCUAUGCUUUAUAUUAUUUUUUGAUGUUACAAUGCAUAUACUUUUGUUAUUUUAGGCUUAAUUAUAUGGAUACU